AUGGAUAAGACAGGCCGCCAUAAUUGGCAGAUCGACAGGAGGGGUACAGGUCUCAUUAUGUUCAACUUUGGAGAGUUAGCUCCCUCACAAAAGUUCUUCACAGCAGGAUCACCUGCUGUGCUCAUUCUCUUCCACCUCUGCAUCAACAACAGCCAGGAGGAAUGGGUGGAGUGCUGGAACCUUGCUGCCAUGAACUUUGGAGCAGAAACAGGACCAACACUCAACGUCAUCAGAGAAGAAACAUGGUCCACAGCUGACCACCUACUCAAAACAGGGGGGAAGAACCCCCAAGCAAAAAACUGGCUAACCUUGUUCCUGAUGAACUUGACAAGCCAAACCAAAAAGACAGCCAAAGAUGUGGCUCCAGCCCCACCAAGGCCCAUGAAAACCAGGACCAUGGCCGUCCAAGGGUCCACGUCCGCCUCAACGUGUGCAACACCAUGUUUGAUGUUGACCGUCACCUCCGGCGUCGACGACGGUGCCUUGAUGAUGUGUGGCACCUCUUGGGCCACCACGACGCUUUGCUGCAUCGAGGGCGGCGCCCAAACCACGAAAGGCGUUUUGCUCGCCGGCACGUGGACAACCGCCAGGUUGGCCGUCGGCGCCACUGGGCAAGGCUCAUCUCUGAAACAACUCACCAACCACCGGCGGAACUGCCGCCGUCGAGAUCUCCGGCUCGGGUGGCACGACUUCCUCGCAUCACCUCCAAGGCGUCACGACACGAUCCAUGUCGGCCCAUUGCCCGACGCAGACCAUCGGCGACAGCAGCUUCACCUCCUACAAACAAGACUGGCUGUCAUACAUGUCCGCCUGCCUGACGUAGUCCAAGAACAGCGUCGCCCCGAUGAAUGUCACGCGGCGCCCGUAGCCGCCGGCGCCCCUCACCUCCUUGCCGCAGACGUCCCAACACACGAACGCCCCGUCUUUGGGACCGCAGUCCGCCCCAGCAGCUGCAACACCGACGACCAGCAACACCAGAAGCCUCAGGAACGCCAUCUGUGA